GCAAGACAUUCCGAAUGCUCCUUUGCCGGCAAGGCGUUCACGAGGUGUAUCAGCUCUUAGCCGACCGCGCGAGUUACGAGGAUUGUCAAAAACGACUACGGCAGAUGGCCCUGGAUGUAGGUGAUGAAGAUAUGCUCCACCGGGGCAUAUUCCACUAUGAAGAUGAAGAUGCAGGUGGAAGUGACGAGGAGGAUGAUUCAGAUGAACGUGAAGAUGGGGGUGAGGACUCACAAGCGCCCCCUCAAUUCUCAACACAGGGUGUCUCAUUUGAUCAACCACCCCCUCAAUUCUCAACGCAUCGAGGUGGGUCAUUUGAUCAACCACCGCCGUAUUAUGAUUCUUAUCAGUGGUCCACACAACCGGAUGAUUAUGUUGAGUCAUUUCUGAAUUCGUCUUUUUACUAUGGAGACACAACGGAGCCUUGGAACACUGGCGGUGGGGAUGGAGCAGGGCCGAGCGCGUAACAUUAGAUGUAGUAUUACAUUUCAUAUUGUAUGUACCGUCUAUUCAUUAAUAAAUUAUAUUGAAA